AUGGUCCAUGACGCAGACAGCCAGUGUCUUCAGAUUGAACCUAAUGAGCUAGCUCCGCUGUCGCACCGGAAUAAACACCGCCAUGUGACCGUGAGGAUCGCUGCCGGGUUUCUUUUCCCGCAGCACUGCCUUUCCAUCGACGCAUUCAAUUUCACGGCCGCCAUCGCAAACGCUCGCCACCACGACGUGAAGCACUACGCAACACCACAUCGUCGCCUUUUGGCUAAACCUCUCGGACAACCAUCGGACGACGUCUCCGGGGAGAGCUGUGAGCUUAUCGUUCCAUUCUGGUUCGUUGCGGGGUGCCUGGACAUCGAAUCACAACGCUUUGCGACAAGAGCCGACCAACACAGGGAGCCGACGAUAGCUCAACUGAGUCGGGUAAACACCGAUCGCCUACACAGCGAAAGCCAUUGA